AUGACACUGUUUAACGCCCGCAACUACUUCAACACGCUGGCGGGCCAAGAUUGCAACUGGCUUGCGGUUUUCACCUUUGACUUUGAGAACAUACGCUAUAAGAAGGAGGGUAAAGGCUGGUACUACUAUGUCUGCUUGAACAAGCUCAAACACCCUCUUGUCCCUGGCGAACAGACGAUUAAGAGUUACUGGCCGGCCGACGGCAGCGCAGCUAUCCCUUUGGGACUGCGGUACAGCUGCGACGAGUUCCUUUAUGUAUUAUGGGUUGAAGGUGGUGCGGGCAUCAAUGGCGACGGCGACGCGGCGCUGACGCGGUGCGCGCCCACCGGGGAAUGCGUUAGCGUGGCCAGCGAGCAGAACUGGCAGGGCCUCAUCCACAACCAGCUGCGCCUGAUCAUUGUCAAGGCAAACGGCAUCCCGAGUAGAAAGAAAGACGCAGACAAGCGAGCGAGUGCAAGCAAGGAGGGUCUUUUCUUCCUGCGGUUAUCUUACAGCGGCUUCUCAGAGCCUGCUGCGCGCUUGCUUAUCAACGACGCCGGGGUUGAGAGGGCGUGGACAAAAAGGUCACACCAAAUUCCAUUCCGAGGCGCCGCUCGGCGGCGAACAUGGAUUUCGGCAUCUUCGAGUUCAUGA